CUCCAGGAAACAAUUAUCCUGAGUAGACAUGCUUAAAACGCGAACAUCUCCGAGGCACCUCAAAAAACCAUUGCCAACCAGUCGCCACUGUCCACCUCGCGCAAUAUUUGCUGUUUAAACUUUAAAAUCGCUCAAUCAUUCUGCAAUCUUCUUCUUCACGAGAAAUGGCAGCUCUGAAUCUCUCUCCUUUCUUCAAAACCCUAAACCCCCGAUUCUCGCCCUCCCAGAACCCUCCUAAAGCCCCAACAUUGCUUUCCCUUUCGAACACUCUUCUUCCCUCUACCCUCCAGUCACCCAUCCCCUGCACCCUCAAAUCUCAAACCCCAUCGAAAUUCCAUCCGCUGAGAGCCACCGGAAACAGGGACUACUCGGCUAGGAGAAACGACAAUGAAGAAAGAGAGAGUAUUAUGCUUCCUGGAUGUGACUACAACCACUGGCUUAUUGUGAUGGAGUUCCCCAAAGACCCUGCCCCUUCCCGAGAGCAGAUGAUUGAUAGUUACCUCAAUACCCUUGCCACUGUUCUUGGAAGUAUGGAAGAAGCAAAGAAGAACAUGUAUGCCUUCAGCACAACUACUUAUACAGGAUUCCAAUGCACUGUGUCUGAAGAAACAUCAGAGAAGUUCAAGGGAUUGCCUGGAGUGUUGUGGGUUUUACCUGAUUCUUACAUAGAUGUCAAAAACAAGGACUAUGGAGGGGAUAAGUACGUCAAUGGAGAGAUAAUUCCUUGCCAGUACCCUACAUACCAAUCAAAGCAGUCCAAUCGCUCAAAGAACAAGAGUAAAGCAUAUGUGAGAAGAAGAGACGGCCCUCCUCCAAGGCAGACACAGGAAGCCACUUCCCCUGACUCUUCCUCGUAGAAACGUGGUUGAGUGGUCUCUCAUUCUCUAGUGUCUAGUUUGGUCAGAGUUAAUGAAAUAAAAUUUAAUCAAUUUUUUAAUUUAAGUUUACAUUACAUGUGAAUUUGAUUAUAUUUCAUUACGUCUUUUUACCAAACUUGACCUAAAUGUAUAAUAUUUUGACAUUUCUGUUUCACUUUAAGAAAACUUUCUUUCGGUGUUAUUAAAUCCAAUAAAUCCUAAAAAAUCCGUUAUAUUCAUCAAACCCUACUUUCUUUGCAGGUUUAUUUAGAUAAGAGGUGCAUGGAUUAAUGUAUUAUUUAGAAAAUGUCAAGUAGGUUAGUUGUUUACAAAGAUGUAUUAGUGGUUGGAAUUCUAAUGUAUUAAUGUUAUCCAAUCUUCUAUGAACACCAGCUUGCUACUUUCACAGUGAAAUUGGAAAGUAAAAUGCUGUUUGUGUGUCCAAGUGAGAGAGUCCUUUUAUUGAUUAAGAAACACUAUGAUAGCUAUUAACAUGAACAGAGAUUAUCAA